AUGACAGUGGAUAAGAUUGGCACCAUUUUCCAGGUCAAUGCCAAUACCUUAUACAUAACUGAUGAUGCAAACACAGCAAUUUUUCCAGAAUCUUCUGGGAAUUUUUUGUACAUUAACCUUUCCCAUCGAGGGCAUUAUGAAGUGCACGGGGACCCGAUUCAUGCGCAGUCUGUGGGUGGUCAACAUGGUGCUCAACCAGCAGUUCCUUUUUCCUUCAUGCGUAGAGCAUCUGCUCCUGCCUCCACUGGGGUGUCCCAACCUGGAACAUCUCGACAAAGUCGCCCCAACAUGUUUCCUGCUAAGGAUUUCCAAAGGGCAGUUCAUAUAGGUGAGGUUAUGUCUGGCAAGAUCACUUCAUCCAGGACGGUGGUAAUUCGAUUCACUGAAUCUGAGGCUACAGUGGACCACAUAACUGCGAAAGUGAAGGAGGCCUUGGGCUGUGAGGACUCUCUUACACUUACUGACAGUCAAGGAAAUGAAAUAAUUGAUUCACAUGCAACAAGAAUUCUAAUUACUGGAAACAAAACUCAAGGAAAGUAUAUGCUCUUUACAAUGAGGAGUUCCUCGAGUGGAGAAGUGGGAGGAAGAACAAAACAAGACGAUCAGAAGAAACAUGCAAUCUUAAUGGACAAAGAGAGGAGCUCAGGAAGCGACUCUUACUCUUGCCAGAGACUCUCAACUGUCUUGUGUGUAAAGGAUUACUUUCAGAGCCAAUGGCAUCAACUUGUUGUAAUUCCCUUGUUGGCUGCAAGAAAUGUGUGA